AUGGCAUACAACAACGGGCCUGAUGAAAAGGGCGACCGUCGCGAGAGUGUCGCAGCUCAGCACAUCCACGAGGUCAACGACAGCGAAGAGCUUCGUGGCAUCCUUACCGCCGCCGAAAAUGCCGCCGCCGCCGAACAUAACAUGACUUUCAUGGAGGGUCUCCGGGCCUAUCCUAAAGCCAUGGGAUGGUCAAUCGCCCUCUCCACCUGCAUCAUCAUGGAGGGCUACGAUACAAUCCUGAUCGGCAACCUCUACGCCAUGAAGCCCUUCAACGAGUACUAUGGCCACCCGGACGGCAAGGGAGGAUACUCUAUCUCCGCUGCUUGGCAGUCCGGCCUCACCAACGGCGCCAGCGUCGGCGAGAUUAUAGGCCUGUACGUUAGCGGCUGGCUCGCGGACCGUUACGGAUACAAGAAGGUACUGGCGGCAGCGCUCGUCAUGAUGACUGCCUUCAUCUUCAUCCAGUUCUUUUCUGUCAGCCUGUCGAUGCUGUUGGCCGGCGAGAUCCUCUGCGGUCUUCCCUGGGGCGUCUUUCAGACCCUGACCACGACCUACGCGGCUGAAGUUUGCCCGAUUCACCUUCGUUGCUACCUCACAACCUACGUCAAUCUCUGCUGGGUCAUCGGACAACUCAUUGCUUCAGGCGUGCUGAGGGGAGUCAUCACCCUGGAUAGCAAAUGGUCAUACAAGAUCCCCUUUGCUGUCCAAUGGGUAUGGCCGAUCCCGAUCCUCAUCGCUGUGCUGCUCGCACCCGAGUCUCCUUGGUGGUUCAUCCGCAAGGGCCGUGUUGAGGACGCUAAGCGAUCUGUUGAGCGUCUGCAGCGCAAGGGCACAGGUGUCAAUGCUGACGAUACCGUUGCCAUGAUGGUCCACACUGAUAAGGUUGAGAAGAAGAUUAGCGAAGGAACCGGGUACCUCGAUUGCUUCCGGGGACGAGUUAACCUCCGCAGAACUGAGAUUGCAUGCCUGACUUGGAUCUGCCAGACCAUCUGCGGCUCCUCCUUCAUGGGCAACUCGACAUACUUCUACGAACAAGCCGGUCUCGCCGAGUCUAACGCUUUCACUAUGACAAUCGCCCAAUUCGCCCUCGGAUUCGUCGGUACCGUGCUUUCCUGGCCGUUGAUGGCUCGUGUAGGCCGCCGCACGAUCUACGUCUGGGGCCUCUUCGCCCUCACUGUGAUCCUCUUCGUCACCGGCUGCCUAGGCAUUCCCGCAAAGGCAGCUAGUUACUCUUGGGCCAUCGGAUCGCUGCUUCUCGUCUACACCUUCACCUAUGACAUCACCGUCGGUCCUGUCUGCUACUCCCUCGUCGCCGAGCUGCCUUCGUCCAGACUUCGCCAGAGGACCAUCGUGUUGGCGCGAAACGCCUACAACAUCGUCGGUGUCGCAUACACCAACAUCAUCGGCUUGUACUCGCUGAACCCUACGGCUUGGAACUGGGGAGCCAAGUCGGCGUUCUUCUGGGCUGGUAACUGCGCUUUGUGUUUUCUGUGGGCUUAUUUCCGACUUCCUGAGCCCAAGGACCGCUCUUACGCUGAGCUGGACAUGCUUUUCGACCAGGGAGUCUCCGCGAGGAAGUUUGCUACGACCUACGUCAAUCCUUAUGAGGUGACCGAGCGACGAUUCGACCAGGAUGCUGACAUCAAGGAGAAGAGUAUGAGCCAUGUUGAGUGA